UAUUUCCUCUGGAUUCCUCUACGAUUUCCAUGUGUCCAGUAUCUACCAUCAUGCGAGCCUGUACAUCAAGAGGACAUCUCUGGCGAUGCGGAGUUCCACCUCGAGAAGUGCACAGCGGCGUUCCUGCUAGAUCCGGCUGUGGUGGUCCAGGGUCUGGCGGUGCUGUGGUGCUGGAUCUCGUACGUCCUCUCGGCGCCCUUUACGUACUUCCAGCUCCUGCCGAUGUCCGCCGCCGCCGCCGUGGCGGCCGCGCGUGUGUACUCCCUGAAGCCACUGCAGGCCGAGCUCUGCUACUUCAAGGAGGAGAACACGAAGUUCAGGAACCACAACGAGCAGCUCAACUCGGUCGCGGAGUCCCUCCACUCCAAGAACCGGGCGCUCGAGAGGUCGAUCUGCGACUUGGAACACGUCCGCGAGGCGCUCGAAAGGUAUGCCGAGAAGACCCACGGCGACGUGGGGGCCGUGCUGGCGGAGGUGAAGAGCAGCAUCGUCGAGCAGGAACGCAGCAUAGCAGAGCAGAAAAGAAUCCAGAAGAAGACGCAGGCCAUCCAGCGGCGGCAGCGGGGCACCCUGGAUCUCCUGCUGCAGUCCUCGCUGAUGAGCCUCAGGCACGGAGG